CUAACAUCAUCGUCAAUCUUCUUGGGUUGUGUCAUAAAAUCAAAUUAGGGGCAGGCGAAGCUACAACGUUUCAGUUUUAUCCCUAUUUCAUAUCUCUGCGAUUAAAUCGAAUUAGGGUUUUAUUCGGGUCGGAUCUUUGAAAUUGACUAAUAAUUGCGAUGGCCUUUGAUUCAGUCACCAACGCCAAGGACUUUGCUAAGAAGAAGAAGGCCAAUAGGUCGGCUAAAUUGAAGCAGUGCAAGCUCGAUGCUCGUCGUCACCAGUGGCUUUCACAAGUGAAUAACCAGGAAAGAAAGGACCAGGUGGAUGUGAGUGGAGGGAUCCAGGUAUCCCCAACUCAUGGACGUAAUGAGAGGGAUCGAGUUGUUAAGAUAUCGGAGAUGAAUUCAGGAAAUGGGGAGCAUGAUGGAUCGGUGCAGCAUUACAGUGAUUCAGAUUCGUCAUCGCAUAGUCGUAUUAGCCACAGUUGUAGUGUUGGGGGGAGUCAUUUUUCAGGGACUAGUUUUACUGGGAGUGGCGGUAGCAGCAGGAGCAGCAGUAGCAGUGGUCGAUCGGUAUCGGGGAUUAUGAGUGAAGAAGAAGAUGAUGAUAAUAAUGAUGACGAUGAUGGAUGUGUGGAUGAUUGGGAGGCUGUUGCUGAUGCAAUGGCUGCUAGUGAUGCUAAGCAACAACAGGAGCAGAAUAAACCUUUUCAAGAAUCGCCUUCGGAGCAUGAAAAUGUUAACAAAUUGAAUUGCCCACCUGAGUUUCCAAAUUCUCAGCUGUUGGAGGUUGAUAUUCCUAAACCCAAGGCAGAAAACCGCAAGGCAUGGAGACCUGAUGAUGCAUUUCGUCCUCAGAGCCUUCCUACUUUAUUAAAACAGCAUAGUUUUCCUAUCAAGUUGGAAAGGCAUAGUGGUUCUGGAGGCGUGACAUGUGCCAUUGGCAUAUCUACCCAGUCAUCAUGUCCUAUAUGUUGUGAAGAUCUCGAUUUCACUGAUUCGAGUUUUCUCCCUUGUUACUGUGGAUUUCGUCUCUGCCUUUUCUGCCACAAGAGGAUUCUUGAAGAAGAUGGUCGAUGCCCAGGAUGCAGAAAGAAGUAUGAACAUGAUGGCAUCACAUGUGAAGGAAAUGGCAAUUUUGCAGAAGGCAGUUCCCCAUAUCGUUUUGCUCGUUCUUAUAGCAUGAUUACUAAGUCCUAGGAAAUCUGUCUCCAUUGAAUAUGUAUGUUGAGUUUCGUUUUAAUGCCAGCCACUGUUUUUAGUAGUAUGUGUUUAUAUGGGUGUGAUUGGUAAAAUUUGGAAACUAAGUCGGCUCCUUUCCGGGUUUGAUCCUUAUUGCCAAAAGUAAAUGUGCUACUGUAGAGAAUCUAUUUUGUGAAUAGACAAGUUGGUAUAGAAAUUGAAUACAAUAAGACAUGCUGGCAUAUAA